AUGGCGUCGGUUCCCAAGAGAAAGCGAGGAAGGCCUCUUAAAUUCACACCCGAACAAAGAAAAGCAAGAAAAAAAGAAUAUCAAAUGCGAAUUGACAUGGAAAGAGCCAAGGGGCGAGUGUACAUAGCAGAACACAUGUCAAGGUGGAAUCGCCUGAAGGAACAGCUUGGUUUUAUGUAUAACCACGAACUGGCUGGGUAUCUGCUUGACAGAUACGAGUAUGAUGAACACACACAGGAAUUGGUAACAAAAUACAGUACUUGUCACAGAGAUAAAGGAGGCACAGGGCCAAACACUUCAUAUAGAGAGCCACUGAUAGAUUGUAGCCUAAGAGAAAAUGAACAGACAUCUGGCCUCAAGAGCUCAGUAGCACAACAAGGCAAGUUCACACCAAGUUCUAAUGUUGAAGAUCCAUCAUUACAUUCAAAAGAAACAAGCAAUGACAUCUCGCUUCAGUUAGAAGUUGAUGAUGGGGCAGAGUCUAUAGAUGAUGAUGAGUCUGUUGAUGAAGAUUCCAGCAGUGACCUUGACCUUGAAGAUGAAGAGGAAAUGGCUAUAAAAGAAGAUCCUGACUCUGAGGAAUACACCCCACAGAACUCUGGAUCCACCCCUCAGUCAGAAAGCACCAGUAAAUCUGUUGAGUCAGGGGGAGAUAAUCCCUCCCACAUGAUUACAGAAGUAAAACAAGAACCUGUUCAUAAUUACUGUGAUUCCCUGGAUUCUGUGCUACCAAGUGAUACAAGGGAGAUAAACAGGGGGGAACUAGAAACAAUAAAAACAGAACUAGACAGCACACCUGAGAGCAACAGCAGUGGACCAAGAACUGCAAGUCCGAAGUCAACUCCAUCAGUUCAUUCCUCAGUUCUUGCACAGAAUGUGCCUCAGAAAACUGUGCUGCUUACACAGCCAAUAAUAAAGAGAGUGAUACCAAGUGCUAAUGUGCCAUCAUCAAACAUGAACCCAAUUACAGGUGGAAAUAUAAUGUCUACCCCAUUGAAAUUUGUUAAAUUUGGGAAUUCUUUAUAUCUACAGAAUAAUUCUCUACCUCAAACAAUGUUAAUGAAUACCCAGAAUGCAACACUAGUCAAUCAACUGGGACUGAAUCUUCAGGGCACCUCCGAGAUCCCUACAUCAUCUAACUUUACAGUGUUACCAAAUUUAGUUCAGAAUGGUUUUAUAUCUUCACAACCUUUUAUUGUUUCACCAGCAAAAACUGUUCAGUUGCUGACAGGAGGGCAGCAGAUUUUAGCAGGAGCACAACAGCCUACAAUCAUAGGACAACAGCCUACAAUAGGAACUCUACAGCCUACUACAUGCACAAUAGGUGGACAACAGCAUGUAUUAGGAGGACAACAGCCUGUAAUAGGAACACUACAGCCUACAAUAGGAGGACAACAACCUACGAUAGGAACAGUGCAGCAUAUCAUUAGAGGACAACAGUCUACAAUAGGAGGACAACAAUUUACAAUAGCAGGACAACAACCUACAAAAGGAGGACAACAACCUACAAUAGGAGGACAACAACCUACAAUAGGAGGGCAACAGCCUACAGUAGGAGGACAACAGCCUACAAUAGGAACACUACAGCCUACAAUAGGAGGACAACAAUUUACAAUAGGAGGACAACAGCCUACAAUAGGAGGACAACAGCAUUCCAUUGGAGGACAACAGCCUACAAUAGGAGGACAACAGCCUACAAUAGGAACUCUGCAGUCUACAAUAGGAGGACGACAAUCUACUGUAGGAGGACAACAGUCUACAGUAGGAGGACAACAAUCUACAAUAGGAGGACAACAGCCUACAAUAGGAGGACAGCAAUCUACAAUAGGAACACUGCAGCAUAUCAUUGGAGGACAUCAGCAUACAAUAGGAGGACAACAGCAUGCUAUAGGACAACAGCUGACAUUAAGAGUGCAAAAGGUUUCUACAAAAGAAGAGGAACUGAUUGAUAAAGAUCAUGAAGAGGAAGACAAAAAGUCUUCAGAGGAGAGUUUAGGCAAUGGAGGACCAUUAAGGAGGCUCCUGACAGAGAAAGAAGGAGGGCAGGGCACCAGUAAAAGGUUUGCUGUCAGAAAAGAAACACAGAAACAAGAAGAGGACCAGUCCAAGACACUUAACAAUAACAUUGAAGAUGCUGAAGUGUCAUCCCCGGAAACCUCGACAGGACGCUUCAAAACCGUAUCAGAGAGAGAAAUCCGAAGUUUCCAGGAAGUCAUUCAGACCAAAAGCACCAGGAAACAAACCCGAUGGGCUGCAAAGAUAUUAAAUGAUUGGCAUUUGGAAACCUAUGGUGUCAGCAUUGAUAUGGAAUCCAUUACAGCAGAGGAACUGGCGGUAAAGCUGGAGAAAUUUUACUGUGAGGCCAAACCACAACCAGAUCCAAAAAACAAAUCGUACGAGGAAUAUAACAAAAACACAAUGAAGGCCAUGAGGGCCGCCAUUAAUCGACACUUCUCUGACAUAGGAAGGGACUUUGAUAUUGUGAACGACAGACAGUUCAAACUGGCAAACAGGAGUUUGAUUGGUUUAUUAAAGCAUCGCAUGGCAGAAGGCACCAUUCAUUCCACCAUCCGCAAGGAAAUCAUACCCAAGUCAGAUCUACAGAAAAUCUCUAAAUACCUGGAGACUGCGUACUCCUCCCCCAUUAAUCUCCGUCUUUCUCUGUGGUACAUACUGGCUGUUCAGUUUGUUAGGAGAGGUGUGGAGUUCCAUCACCAACUGAACAUCGAUUCCUUUGACUUCAAGACAGAUGAGGAUGGGAGGGAAUAUGCAUGUCUUUAUCAUGAAACAAAAUUAAAAAAUAACCCAGAGGUCCACGCACGUAAUGAGAGGCUUAUGUCAGAUACACGUAUGUACGCGACAAAGAGUGCAAUAUGUCCAGUGAAAAUGUUGAAGUUUUUUCUUUCAAAAACAGAUGGUGAUGCCACUAAAUUAUUUAAUAAGUAUGAAAGAGAUGCAGUUAACUGUCCCAAAGGAAAUAAAAUAUGGUAUAACUCAAAGCCACUGUACAAAGGUUCAUUUAGAAAAUUUCUGCCAGACAUUUGUGAACAAGUGGGCUGUAAGCGCUACACUGCUUAUUGCCUUAGAGCCACCACCAUAGCAACAAUGAAUGAAUCAGGUUUUGAAAAUCGUCAUUAUAUGUACUCCCAUUCAUGAUUAAAGCCUCUUUAUAAAUUGUCUUGAAUAAUGGACAUGCUAGAACCUUGACAUAAAUAAUUACUUAGAGGUUUGUUAUCAGUGCUGACAUGUAAGGGCCUUCCAAUUUUAAGGGUUUUUUUUUUCUCUUUUUAGUGUUUACCCAUCUUUCUUCUGCAAGAAAAAAAACAUAGCCAAAGAAUUAACACAGACUUUAUAAGGCCAUCUUUAAAAGAUUGUUUGCUUGCCCACUAUCGACCGACUGGCUCAAAAUGACCCAACUCCAAUCUUUUUUAAACCUUCCAGGAAACAUUUUUAACUCACCUGAAGUGAAAGCUCAAGUGAGCUUUUCUGAUCACCUUUUGUCCCUUGUCCAUCCAUCUGUCUGUCCAGUAGUCCGUCUGUCCUUCCAUCUGUAAACUUUUCACAUUUUCAACUUCUUCUCAAGAACCACUGGGCCAAUAUUAACCAAAGUUGGUACAAAGCAUCUUUGAGUAAAGGGGAGUUUAAAUUUAAAAAAUGAAGGGUAAAGCCCCCUUACAAGGGGAGAUAAUCAAGAAAAUACAAAAAUAGGGUGGGGUCAUUAAAAAAUCUUCUUCUCAAUAACCACUGGGUCAGAAAACCUGAAACUUAUGUGGAAGCAUCCUUGGGUAGUGUGGAUUCUAAAUUAUUCAAAUUGUGAUCCCCGGGAGUAGGGUGGGGCUACAAUAGGGAAUCCAAAUUUUGCAUUUAAGUAUUUAGGAAAAAUCUUUUGAUGAAGAACCAUUGGGCCAGAAAGGCUGAAACUUAUGACAAUAUGUGGAAGCCUCCUGGGGUAGUAGAGAUUCUAAAUUGUUCAAAUCAUGACCCUUGGCGGUAGAUUGGGGCCACAAAUUUUACAUUGAAAUAUAUAGGAAAAAUCUUCUGAUGAAGAACCAAAGGGCCAGAAAAGCUGAAUCUUAUGUGGAAGCCUUCUGAUCUGGAAUAGGACAGGGCAACAAUAAGUACAUGUGUUACAAUAGGGAAGAGAAGGCUAAAGUUACUCAGGUGAGCAUUGUGUCCCAUGGGCCUCUUUCUCUUUUCCCUUAAAAUUUGUAACAGUUAUCCCGUCAACAAAUAUGUUGAAUUUUUCUGGAUAAAAAAAAUUAACCUACCUAUGGACCCUAUUUUUCUUACAUCGAGUGGGGAGAGGGAAAACAAAAACUAUUUUAAAGAUGGCCUAUUGAUAAAAAUGACGUCCUUCAAAGGAUUUGAUAUGUAGAAAAAAAAACUUGGAAUGGCCUUAGGCUAUUAGACAGAUUUUACAUGUCCUUUUAGUGGUAUGUAAUUAUCAUAUCAUACAUUUUUAAGAUGUAUAGGCAGCAAAUGCACUUCUGCAAUGUGAGUUCUAUUAAGUCGUCCUCUUAUCACAACACUUCGUAUCCAACGAUUGAGCUCACUUUGUUUGUUACAUACUUACAAAUUGGAUUUUCGAAGAGCUGUAGCUUUGUUUAAAAAUUUACCCAAAUUAGGUAGCUCUUUCACCUUUUGAAUACACAUUAAAUUUAUAAGUUUAAAUACACUUGGUUUAACAUAAUAAUAUUUCUUAAUAUACACACUUCUCAGACUUUCAUAAAAUGGACAUUUUAAUAUAAAAUGAAAUUCACUGACAAUUGAUUCAGCUUAAUAGACCACCUUUUUCCCGGUCGUUAUGGGGCUUCAUAAAGGCCGAAGUUAAACCUGUAAUAGGCAGGAACACCAGUUAAUGAGCAAAG